AUGGCAUCAUUAAAGUGCAUCUCACAAAAUAAAUGUAACCGGAAUAUUCAUAUUCCCGGAUCUACAACGUUGAUGUUCAUGUCUUCAUCAGAUCUCUCUGGAGAUUUAAAUAAAACUUGUAAGAAGUAUUCAGAAGCAUGCUUAGAGGUAUGUAAUGAGUUGAAUAUCGAGGCGAUUGAUUUGUGGUCUGCAAUUCAGAAAAGAGAAGAUUGGAAAGAUGUUUGUUUCAUUGAUGAUGGAGUUCAUUUCUCAGCUGAGGGGAAUAAAAUAGUAUCAAAGGAAAUAUUGAAGGUUCUCAAGGAAGCUGAGUGGGAACCAAGUCUAUAUUGGAAACUAAUGCCAGUUGAAUUUGGAGAAGAUUCAGAAUACGAUCCAGUUGAUCCUGAUGGAAUAUCAAAUAUCAAUAUCCCAUUUCCUAAAAAUGAAGACUGGGAGUAA